UCAGACACAUGAAUGCAUUUAAAAAAUUUUCUGUUUAACUUUAUAAAUAGGCAAGUUGCAUAGUGCCUAAAUUGAAUUUCUACAGCAAAAAUCCUUGUAAGACCCCCACACUUCAAUAAAAUUCCCAGCUAUUUGAAGGAAUAUUAAUGUCAAACGUCUUGGAUAUUAAUACUUAUAACAACAGCAAGAACGGCAACACAUCUUCAAUAAUAAUUUUAAGCGAACACUCUCAACAGCAGGAGCAGAAACAAGAGAAGUGCCUCGAAAUGGAAGCAUUAUUUUCUGGUUUAAACAAUUUUUUUCGCGAUGAUGACAUUCUCAAGGAAUCAGAACAUUCAUCAGAGUUGCUUGGAAAUCUUAUUUUUACCGCUUAUUUGUUAGUAAUUGCAUUUGGCUCAAUUGGUAAUUUAUUAACUAUAAUGGCUGUUCUGCGCAACAAACAAAUGGCUUCACCAACGACGGUGUACACCGUUCUUUAUGUUUUCUGGCCGUUCAGUCGCCCUUUAUGCAAAAUUGCCGGAAGUUUGCAAGGAUUUAACAUUUUUCUGUCCACAUUUUCAAUAACUGCAAUUGCAUUAGAUAGGUAUGUAUUGGUGAUUUUUCCGACAAAAAGACAACGACAGCAAAAUCUUUCAUUAAUUUUUUUCUCGUUAAUUUGGCUGGCAUCUAUUCUGCUAGCUGCUCCACUCUUCCUAGCUGCUGAUAUCAGUCCAAUUUUUCAUGACUCACAAUGUGGCAUUGAACUUAACUUGUGCAAUGAGCAGAAUGAGCGAUGGAAGGAGCUCUUGAUAAGCAAAGAAGCUUACACAGUAGGUGUUAUUAUUCUUCAAUAUUUGCUUCCUCUUGCUUCGAUAGCAUUUGCCUAUUCGCGUAUUGCACGAAGAAUGGGUACUAGGAAGUCUUUUCGGUGUGCAAGUGGCGGACGGGACAGCCGAAAGAACAGUAACACUCCAGUGUUUGGUUCCAACAGGAGUUCUUUCAGUCGUCAAAUAGCAUCUGGAAGCGCUACUUCUCCUUUCAUUGCAUCAGAUAAUGGACAUAAGCACUCUAGCAAUAAGCAACCGUUGGUUAUCUCUACUAAUGGCGAAUAUUCGCAAACGAAUGGAAAUCUCCAGAACGUAAAUCCUUCUGCUGAAAUAUUGCUAAAGCAAAGGAGAAAAUCAAUUGCUGACAGACAUCGCCGCACAAACAUGUUGUUGGUUACACUUGUUGUUGUUUUUGCCUGUGCAUGGCUGCCAUUAAACAUAUUUCAUGCCCAUUUAACGGCAAUGUGUUCAGCAUGCUUGAAUCCCUGCUGUUAUGCAUUCUUCAAUAAUAAUUUUCGUCAGGAAUUUCUAGCAAUGUAUCGGAAACUUGGUUUGAUGUAA